UUGAAUUGGGGAUUUGAUGUAUGCGGACAUUGCUUAAACUGUCAACCAGGAAUCCGUGUAGUCGACGCCGGCCAGUUCGUGCCCGUGUUGCCGGGGAGCCUGGCGUCUGAUGAGCCGGUCCUGGGAGUCCGAGCACCACGUCACUUCUCUGUCACCAGCCUCAGUCUUGCCGAUAGGGUAUUUCAACUGUUGGCUGGCCUGAAGACAACACCUCUCAUCGACUACAAGACGAUCGGCCAACGACAAUCCGCCCAACUACAGGUCGCCGAGGCAACAGUCGAGGCAACCAAUAGUCUGGCCAUUGUGUUCGGCGGUGACCACAGCCUCGGGCUUGGCAGCAUUUUCGGCCAUUGUCGCUACCAGCCGAACACCUGCGUUGUGUGGGUCGACGCUCACGCCGAUAUCAACACACCGAUCAGCUCGAGCACUGGCCACACUCACGGCAUGCCAGUGGCCUUCUUGUUGCGUCAACUCGAGGAGGAGAUGCCGUGGAUCGAGGAGUUUCAGGACCUGAAGAGUUGGUGA